CUUUUUUCCCAAAGUAAUUUCAUUAGCAAUUAUUCAAGCAUAUAACUAACUCAAUUGCUGUCGAUUGGUGACGGCAUCUCCCACCAUGGACGCAAUCCUCCUGCGAAACCUCGUGGAGAUCCAAUCCGGCCCCUCUCCCGACGAGGCAACCCGGCCACUCACAGCCCCGGAAAAGACGUACCAGAGAACUUAUUCUGGAGGCUCAUACCAGGAAGAACCUGUCAGCGUGCGAAAUGCAGCUCCUCGUACUGAUGGGUUUGCCUCUGGUGUAGUUACUCCACGGACUGAGGAUACCGACCUUGAGAGAAGCCGUCCGGCCAGUCCGGUUCUUGAGGUUGAUGCCGUGGAGGUGAUUCCCAGCGCAUGGGAGCCGUACAUGAAUCGCUUCAGACUUCUAUCUGUUUGUCUGGCCAACUUUGGCAAUGCCUUGAGCGACAGCUCUGCCGGUGCUCUGAUUCCUUACAUGGAAAAACACUAUGACAUUGGCUACGCCAUCGUAUCCCUCAUCUUCGUCGGCCAAGCCCUAGGCUUCGUCUUCGCCGCCGUCUUCCUCGACGCCCUGCGCGCGAAACUCGGCCGCGCAAGACUCCUCGGCCUCGGCCAGAUGCUCAUGGCAUGCGCCUACAUCCCGCUCGUCGCCGCCGCCCCCUUUGGAGUCGUCGUCGCGGCGUUUUUCUUCGUGGGGCUCGGCAUCGCCAUCAACGUCGCCAUGGGAAACAUCUUUUGCGGCAGUCUGCAGAACAGCACUGUCAUGUUGGGGCUAUUGCAUGGGAGUUAUGGGAUCGGGGGCACGUCGGGCCCCUUGAUUGCCACGGCGCUGGUUACGGUGGCGCAUACGGCGUGGAAUCACUACUAUAUCUUGACCAUGGGAAUUAGUUUCAUCACCAUGGGGCUUUCGGCGUGGGCUUUCUGGCGGUUCGAAAGAGAGCAGAGCCCGGCGGCGCGGGAGAGGGAGGCGAAGCCAGACAACUCAGCCGUCCUGGGCAUGCUUGCCGCGGUGAAGCUUCGCAUCGUACUUCUUGGAUCGACCUUUAUCUUCGCCUACCAGGGCGCCGAGGUUUCCAUCUCCGGCUGGGUCAUCUCCUUCCUCAUCAACUCUCGCGGCGGUGACCCUUCAUCCGUAGGUUACGUCUCGGCGGGAUUCUGGGCCGGCAUCACCAUCGGCCGCUUCUUCCUCUCGGGCCCGGCCCAGCGCUUCGGCGAAAAGGUCUUCGUCUACGGCCUCGUCGCGGGCGCGCUGGCCUUUCAGAUCCUGGUGUGGUUCGUGCCCAACGUCGUGGGCGACGCCGUGGCCGUGAGCAUCGUCGGCCUGCUGCUGGGGCCCAUCUACCCGUGCUCGGCGGCCGUCUUCAUGCGCGGCAUGUCUCACCGGGACACGCUGAGCGGGAUGGGGGCCAUCAGCGCGUUUGGCAGCUUGGGCGGUGCUGUGGCGCCGUUUGUUACGGGGUUGUUGGCGCAGGCGGUUGGGACGUGGGUGCUUCAUCCGAUUGUGAUUUUCCUGUUUAUCGUGAUGUUGCUGUGCUGGUAUGGCAUUCCGGCUGAGACAAAGGAGAAGAAGUAAUUGUGGAAGGGGGAUUUAUAUGUGUUGGAAAGGGCAGAAAAUGGCGUACAUGGGCGUGUGUUUAUUUCAAUGGUCAAGGACAAUGCGAGGCAAUGAGAAAAUAUCAUAAAUAGUAUACU